AAUAGGAGAAUAAAAUCAGCCAAAAAAAGAAAAAGAACUGAAGAAGAAAACCAAGUAAAAUGCGAUUCAACUACUAGUCUCAAACUGACUUAAUUUUUGUAAUAUCUUAAAUUUGUCCAAUUGGUUAUUGUUUAAGCACAUGGCUGUUAUCUUCGAAAACCGUGUGAGAUGGGUCGUGAGAGAAAAUUGCAAUGACAGAUUCGCCGACAUCAUUAAGAAAAGCAAGGUGUUCAGAUUAUAAAUAGCCAUUGAAUCUUGCUACAACAAAGUAAAGAUAAGCCUUCCUCAUAGCUAGCUCAAUGGCAAUUUCUACUCAUCAUCUGUUCUUGACACUGUUAUUUGCAGCCAUUAUCAGCCCAGUUGUCUGCAAUGGCGACGCUUCUGAUAUGCAGAGAAGAGUUCUUUCCUCAAUGGAUUCCAAGGAAGAGAAAGAUCAACACAAGCUUUUGUUUGUGUUUGGGGACUCACUUUUUGAUCCAGGCAACAAUCAGUACCUUAGCAGCAGCCAUCAAGCCCCUGCAACUUCUUGGCCUUAUGGCAUGAACAAUCACAACCAUUCUACAGGAAGAUUAUCCGAUGGCCUAAUAGUCCCUGAUUUUAUUGCAUUAUAUGCAAGGAUGAAUAUUCCUCCACCAUACUUGAAACCAGGAGCUAAUUUCACUUAUGGAGUCAAUUUUGCUUCAGCUGGAGGAGCAGUUCUUGGUGUUGAUAAUGGAUUUAUGAAUCUUAAAACACAAUUAAGCAAUUUCAAGAAGGUGGUAAAUCAAAUGGUGCAAAAAGUAGGUGAGGCAGAAGCAAAGAAGGUUUUGAUGAGAUCUGUUUACCUGUUUAGCCUUGGUGGUAAUGAUUACUUUGGCUUUAACUCAAAGUACCCCAAUGCUACUGCAAUUGAGAGAAGGCAAUACAUGCAUACGGUGAUUGCCAACUUAACCCUUGGACUCAAGGAGUUAUAUGGAAUUGGAUUAAGAAAACUUGCAGUGCAAAAUGUUGGACCCUUGGGUUGCUAUCCAACAGUUAAAGCAAUGUACCCUCAACUCAAUGGUAGCUGUGUCGGGACCUUCUUAACAAAUGCAAAUAUGCACAACAAAGCUCUAUCUAACACCUUAAAGAAAAUGGAAGGACAGUUACCGGGACUCAAAUAUGCAAUCUUUGAUUACUAUCAUGCACUUGCUGAUAGAAUAAAGAAUCCAACAAAAUAUGGAUUCAAAGUAGGACAAGUUGCAUGCUGUGGAAGUGGGUUGUAUAAUGCGAAAAGCUGUGGAAAAAAGCCCUUCAAUCUUUGUAGCAAUCCUAAUGAAUAUGUACUCUUUGAUGGUGCCCAUCAUACUCAAAGGACAAACCAACAGUUUGCUCAACUGUUAUGGAAUGGAGCACCAAAUGUCACUGGACCUUAUACUGUGAAGCAAUUGUUUGAAUUUCCUUAGUUCUGAUCUUGUAUUGACAGUUGCCGCUGGUGUAUGAGUACUCUUAUUAGCUUUCAGCCUUUGAUAUAGAUUUUUAGCAUAGAAUUUAAAUAAAAAGUUAGAUAUCUUUUUUGA